GGAAUUGUACAGUGUUACGCUGCACACACCGGAAGGUGGAGGUUUUGAACAACAGAAGUCAGAGUAACUGGGGUUCUUUGCUAGCAUUUCAUUUUGUUUCUUCUCUGUGACGCUCAAGUGGAAUACACAGCUCUGUUUUUACCAUGCCAUUGUACACUGCCAGUGAAGCCAAAACGUACGCCUAUAACACCUUACUGCAAGAUGCUCCCUCAUCUAUUCCCACUAUGAAUGCAUCAGUGACAACCUCUUACCAGUAUGUCAGCCCACAACCCCAGGACUACAAUGUCUCUCUUGCUACACAGGCAUGUAAUGUCCCUCCCGAGGUGCCACAGUGGAGUGUUGCUGCUGUUGUGCCACAAAAUAUAGAUGUGCUGACUGCUUACAUCAGAACAUUUCUGAAAGGCAAGCCAAAGAUUCUGGGGAUUGUGCUGAUUGUUGCUGGCAUCUUGCAGCUUAUUCUAGGAAUUGCAAUGGCUGCCACCAUGCCUUGGAUAACUGCUGAAUCUGGAAUACCAUUUUGGGGUUCAGUGUUUUAUAUUAUUGCUGGAUCUCUGUCCAUUGCAGCUCAGAAUAAACCUAACAUCUGCCUGGUGAAAGGCGCCUUCUCCUUGAACAUCAUCAGUAUACCUGCCAGCCUUAUUGCAGUGAUCCUAAAUAGCUUUGAUCUAGCACAAAAUGCUUAUUGUUAUAAUUAUAAACGUGACGCUUAUGGCUCUGACUGGUCUGCCCGCUCCUGCUCUGGAAGAAUUGUCGUUACUGUUCUCCUCAUUUUGAUUAAUCUACUGGUGUUUUCUGUGUCCCUUUCUAUCUCCAUCUUUGGAUGUCGUUCCCUAUCACGUGUACCAAUUAAUGUUACUCAGGUGUUUGUGUUGCAGAAAGAUGGAGUGACAGCGAUGAACCCUUCCACACAUCCAGCAGCAUCUCAGUUACCACCACCAGAUACAGUCAGAACCGUCCACGGAUACGCUAUUUAAUAGCUUUACAGUAGUUCAGAUUUGUAUUCCAUAUUUUUCUUUAUGACGUGUGUUGAGCUAAUAUCCAUGACAAAUCAAUGCGGGUUGCGGUUGUUAGGUCGACAUGCAUUAGGUUGACAUGCAUUGGGUUGACCACUAAAGGUCGACAUGCACUAGGUCGACAGGGUGUAUAGGUUGACAGGUUCAUUAGGUCGACAUGUGCAAGGUCGACAGGCCAAACCGUCGACAUGACUUUUUCACGAUUUUUUUCAUUUCUUUGACCUUUUUCAUAUGCUACGAUCCAUGUGGACUACGAUUGGGAACGGUAAUCUGUGCCGAGUGCAGCGGUAGCGGAGCGAGGCACCUUGCCCGAAGCAUGGCGAGCAAAGCGAGUCAUGCGUGGGGACGCGGUGCACUAAUUGGGGUUCCCCGUCACUGUACGAAGAAAACGACACCAAAACAGUCAACCUUUUUGACCUGUCGACCUUGCACAUGUCGACCUGACGACCCUGUCGACCUAGACACCCUGUCGACUUAGUGCAUGUCGACCUUUAGUGGUUGACCCAAUGCAUGUCGACCUAAUGUGUGUCGACCCAACGACCCAUACCCGACAAUACAGCCUAUCAAUUCACUACGGACCAGAUUCCUGAGUUAUGCUUAUUAAUUGCUUCAGUGAUGUCACUGGAUCUUUAUAUUUUGAUUGGCUGCAUUCUCAUGGAUAAUGAAUUCAGACGGAAAUUUGCUGCCUCCACUGUGUGUACGUAACAAGUGAUUAUUAAACCAGAAAUACAAUGUGCAUAAACUCUGAUUCUGAAUUUCAUUUAAAACCCAAUUUCGCUAAUAUGUUACUGUAUGAAACAAACCAUCAAACAUAAGCACCACUUAUUCUGACUGAAUUAGGAGCACAUCACAUCUGUCCAUACAUAGUAAUGCUCCC